AUUAGGAACUGAACUUUGAAUCAAGCCCUAAUUUUUGGUGUCCAAACACGAUAUUCUAGUAAAUGCUGGAGAACUUUGAGCAACUCAAGCUCGUCCUCCACAUUUUCAAAUGGCGGCAAAUUCCUCAACUUCCACUAACCAUCGAGCUUUGACAACCACAACUUCUAAUCAGUUCUUCGAAUGGAGGGAGUUUCUAUGGGGAGCUAUCGCGGGAGCAUUUGGAGAAGGAAUGAUGCACCCUAUUGAUACCAUAAAGACACGGAUUCAAAGCCAGGCGAUUCUAUAUGGAAGUCAAAAUCAAAAGAGCCUGUUGCAGAUGGUCCAAUCAGUAUGGAAAAUUGACGGAUUAAGGGGCUUUUAUAGGGGCAUAGCUCCUGGAAUUACUGGUUCACUUGCCACUGGAGCUACAUACUUUGGUGUUAUUGAGUCCAGUAAGAAAUGGAUUGAAGAAACACAUCCUAGCCUUGGCGGUCACUGGGCUCAUUUCAUUGCUGGAGCCGUUGGUGAUACUCUGGGUUCGUUUGUGUAUGUUCCAUGUGAAGUUAUGAAGCAACGAAUGCAAGUUCAAGGCACAAGGUCAUCUUGGAGUUCUCUUCCCAUGAAGAAUAAUAUCUCUAUGAAUCAUGGUGGGCAAAUGUAUGGCUAUUAUUCGGGGAUGUUCCAGGCUGGCCGUUCAAUCCUGAAGGAACAAGGAUUAAGAGGAUUAUAUGCCGGAUAUUGGUCUACACUAGCCAGGGAUGUGCCGUUUGCUGGUCUAAUGGUCAUGUUUUAUGAGGCUCUAAAAGAUUUCACCGAGUAUGGGAAGCAAAGAUGGAUGCCUAAUUCAGAUGUUAAUAACUCCUUGGAAGGACUGGUGUUGGGAGGAUUAGCUGGUGGUAUCAGUGCUUAUCUGACGACUCCCUUGGAUGUUGUUAAAACAAGAAUGCAAGUUCAGGGAUCAACUUUAAGUACUUUCUCUAAAAUCUCAGGUAUAACAGCUGGUUGGAUGCGGUGAGAACUAUCUGGCGGAGUGAAGGAACAAAAGGAAUGUUUAGGGGUAGCAUACCCAGAAUCACAUGGUAUAUUCCAGCUUCUGCUCUAACUUUUAUGGCCGUGGAAUUUCUCAGAGACCAUUUCAACGAAAGAUUGGAUGAGGAAUCCAAAACAGAAGCUGCUACUUUAUCAGGUGACAGCAAAGGAACACUGCGAGAAGCGGCAUUAACUGCCCGAGACUGAAUCAAAUUUCAAUCUAUUGGCAGAGAGGUACAUCGGUUCUUGUCAAAUUUUGCAGGUAAACAUUGUUGUUGUAUUUGCAGUACCAAUCAAUCAAGAGGAUCAUUAGGUGAGAUGAUAAACUAGUGAAAUCACAAGACUUGGGGAAGGGUCUAGGUUUUAUGAGAGACUCACAACCAAGUCUUGAAAAGCAAAAGAAAGGAGUAGAUAGACAAUAACGUAGUUAUUGAACCUUGAGUUUAAAGUUCCUUCAUGUAAUCUCAAUUCAUUGGUUAGCUACA